AACAUCCAGUAAGCAUAGCAAGAUAUGUCUGCAUCAUCGGGAAGUGCUGGUGGUGCAGGAACGACGUCUGGAGGAGAGAGAGCGAGUCCCCUGCCGCCGGUGGGGUUGUUGGCUCAUUUGAUGUGCAGUAUGAAGGACGCCGGUCCUGUGGAGAGGGCGAUGAUCAGGGAGAUUAUGCAGGAAGAGCUGAUGGUGGAAGGGGCGAACUUUGAUCUUGUGGCGAUGCAGGGGCAGUAUACGUACAACCCCGUGCCCGAAAUGACGACGAACAAUGCCAACGGGAAUGCGUGAACGACUACCGGUGCUAGCAAGAAUACUGAGCUGUCGAACAGCAUCCUGUUCGACUAUGAAGACGAAGUAUACAGGUGUCAGCGCGAGAUCCGUGCCCAGGCUGACGGCAAGCGCUGUUGCGAGUCCACGCCCAAGAUCUGCAUCGGAGUUGGCAAUAUCGGCUGCAUGGUAUUGACUUCUGUUUGGAUAAAAUGGGCUACUGUGUCGGUUGCGGGCGUGGCGCCUGCAGGAUGAUGGGGCAACAGUUCACAUUGAAGUCCUGCGGGUAUACGACUGGUGGGUGGAUCUGCUUGAUCCUGGUGUUCGCAACCGUGGUAAUCGGCCUCAUCUAUUACGCUCGUUCCGGUGGUGUUGGCAAGUGGGCUCAUGAAGCCAUGGACGCAGCCUUCCCCACCGGCACUGGUGCAGCGGGCGCUGGGAGUGCUGUCUCCAGCAGCACCUCCAGCAACCGGACGACCCACAAUUAGGUGCCCAAUGUCUCAGGCUAGACCGUUUCUCUCUGUCAGAUUGUUGUAUCGCGUCCAAGAACUUGAUGAAUCCAC